AUGGCCGAGCAGCCACCCGUGAGCGCCGCCGCCAAGCACAAGGCCGCCGACGUCUCGGCGGGCAAGCGCUUCCAGCUCUUCGGCGGCAAGUGCUCGGACGACGCGCGCAAGAACAUGCUUUUAGAUGAUGUCGCGAUCUACAGCGUCACCGACGCGCGAACCGCGGACCGGAUCACCAAAACCGCUCUGGCGCUGCCCGGCGGCCCGCACCGCGAGGUCUGCGACGGCUGCGCCUGCGUCGGCGGCAACGUCAUCAGCUUCGCGCGGGCCCUGCGCAAGGGCGGCCGCGUCACGGGGAUAGAGUAUGACGCGACGCGGUGCGAGUUCCUGAGGCACAACGUGGCCACGGCGGGCGUGCCCGCGGAGAUCCUGCGCGGCGACGUCGCGCGGGCGACGGCGGAGGAGGCCACGGACGACGGCGACGGCUGGGCCUGCCGGAGCGCGGUCCGCCGCGCGGACCUGUUGUUUCUCGAUCCGCCGUGGGGCGGGCCCGACGUGGCGCGCAAGCCCGCGGGGUCCGUGCGCCUGCACCUCGGCGGCGUCGACGUGGGCGAGCUCUGCCGGCGCGUCGCGGGCCCGGGCUUCCGCGCGAGGCACGUGCUCCUCAAGCUGCCGCCGAACUACGACGUCGCCUUCCUGGAGGAGACGCUGGCGGGCGUCGCGGCCGUGAAGGUCGACCCGGCCUUCCGGAAGAUGAUCCUCGCCGUCGUGUCGUUCCGGCGCGGCGGCGAGGGCGGCGACGGCGAGAAGAAAACAGAGGGCGUAAAGGAAUAG